CCCGCCGCUCCCCUCAGCCUAAAAGCACCCACUCCUCCUCCUCCUCCCUCACCCUCCCCGACGUGUCUCAGGAAGUCCCAGGCAUGACCAGCGGCGAGGACACAGACAACCCCGAGCAGACAACACCGCCCCGUCCCGACGUCGAGGUGCUCUAUCCGCCUGAGCUCGCGCCCCACGGUGACAUAACCACCGACGACAUUGCCGCCGACCCCAUCCUGCGCGAUCUCGCCGAGCACGACAACUUGCGCUACUCGGGACUAGGUCCGCGCCUCAGCAAGUCGGCCGCCCUCCGCAUGGGCCUCAAGUGGGAAGAUCCACGCGAUCACAGACGUGUCAGUGGCGAAGAGGUGCCCGUCAACUUUGACAAUGUGCCCGGCCACAAGCGGGUGGGGCUGGCUCUCAACGUGUCAUCCCUCGCAGAACCGAGCGUUGCGCCUCGCCUGAAUCGAGCGGCAAUGUUGCGCGCCGGGCAGCAGCCUGAGGGAGUCGAGGUAAAGGACCGCGCCGAGAUGGCUGCGGUCAACAAAGCGCGUGAGGCGGCUGAGCGGGCCGAGCGCCGCAAGUCCUUACCCCGUCCCACGUCACUUCUCCUUCCAUCCCAGCUACCGCGUCAGAAUCGCGCCGCCCUCCUUCGUGCUGGCCAGACGUUGGAGACCGCGCGACCAUACGAUGCACGCGAAAUGGCUGAGAACGCUGCCCGCAACAAGGCUCGUGAAGCUGCCGAGUACGCUCAGCGCCGCCGCACGAUACAGGUGCCCGCAAGUCUGGCUGCCCCCGCAAUCCCCCCUCGCGCCAACCGUGCGAGCCUCCUGCGCACUGGCGGCGACGCGCCUCCCCCACGUCCACCUCGAAGCCACAUGCGAGCGAUAUCAUCCAUGUCCAAUGGGUCGGGAUCCUCUCGCUCGGCCUCUGGAAGUAGCUUCAAGACCGCGGGGGACCGGGCGCUGGCUGGCAAGAUCGAGGCAGCGAACGCGGCGGCCGAGAAGGCCAAGGCUGAGGCAGAGCGCAGGGAGAAGGCGGCUCGGCGACGCCAGACUAUGGCUGCGCUGCCAGCGGGCGAAGCGGCUGGACCCGCUGCGCUCACUUACAACGAGGAGAAAGCGGCCGCUGAGCGAGCCGCAUUACGCCGUAUCGCGGCACAGCGGGAAGAGGAGGCGCGGCGCGAGGCGGAGAAGGCAGCACAGGACCGGGCAGACCGCGAGCGCAUCGAAAAGCGCCGGUCAAUGACACUCGGCCGCGCAACGGGACUGAGUGCCGCUCACGCCAUUAAAGAAGUGCCGGAACCGGAGCCCGAGCCCGAGACGGCGGAGGAGCGUGAGGCGAGAGAACGCGUCUUCCGCCGCCAGACCUUUGGCACAGCGCCACCAUCUAUGGGCGCCGCACUGGCCGCGCAGCGUGACAGCAUGCCCCCUCCUCCCGACCCGCGGCCUAGCAGAGACUCUCUGCGGUCGCUGAACACGCCCGCGGUCCCACCGCGCGCGAACCGCGCCUCGCUCCUGCGCGAGCGGGAGCAAGGCACGGCGCUGACGCGCAUCACGUCGACAGCGACGGCCUCGACGCGCUCGCGGAGCGGGAGCACGGCGGCGUCCGAACGCUCAGAUGCCGGCAUCAAGACGUCGUCGCCGAAACGCGCGCCGGCGCCCAUGUCCACGCCGGCCAAGUUUGUCGCGCCGCGCCCGGCGCCGGCGCCCCCGCGCGGACCCGCGACCAUCAGCUUUGCGCUGCCCGAGGUCAAGCGCGAGGAGAAGAAGGCAGGGCUGCUCGGCAGACUCUUGAACCGGAACUCGGUGGGCGCGCCGGCGAGCCGGCCGGGCUUGGGGAACAAGCGCGCGAGCGUGAUCAGCGCGCCGAGCCCGCAGAACUAGGCGGGCUGCAGGCGGUGGUGGUGGCUUGUUGUAGUAGUGUAUGCAUUGUUACUAUGUG